AUGGCUCAGCCGCCUCCCGGCGCGGACACGCUUCAACGACGCCACAGGCUGCGCCGCUCGCGCUGCCGAAAAAGAUCCAAGCCGCGGCGGCGGUCGGCAAGGUGGGCGUGGUGCAGACGUGGCUCGCCGGGGACGGGUGGGUUGACGCGACGUGCGUGCGUGGCGGUGUGAGUGGCUGGACGCUCCUGCUGAUCGCCGCCGCCAACGGUCACAAGCAGCUGGUCGAACUUCUGCUGAAGGGCGGCGCGAAGGUGGACGCACAAAACAGCAUCGGCAUUACGGCGCUGACUGCCGCCGCCCUCAACAGCCAUCUGCACGUGGUCGAGACGCUGCUGCAGUAUGGCGCGGAGAUCAACCUGCAGAACAGCUACGGCAGCACCGCGCUGAUGGGUCGAGCUGCUUCUUCGGCACGGCGCAGAGGUCGACCUGCGGGACUGCGACGGCCACACUGCGCUCACGUCCGCCGCUGACAACGGCCGCCCUGCCGUUCUGCUCCGGCUGCUGCGGGCGGGCGCAGACAUGGCGCUGCGCACUGCGGCGGGCAAGACGGCGCUGCAGCUUGCCAAAGAGAAGGGCCACACCGAGUGCGUCGCGGCUGUCAAGACGUUUCUCGGCGAGGUGGCGGCGGAGAGGCGCGACGCGGCGGCGGUCGAGGCGGGCGGCGCGGGGGCAGGCAGCGCUUCGGGCGGCGAGGGCGGCAGCAGCGGGCCGGUUUCCGAGGAGAUCGGCGAGGCGGGUUGCGCAGGGGCGGACGGCGAUGCCGCCUCGGGCAAGGGGGCAGCGGCGGCACCAACCAACAAGCCGCCCCCGGACUCGUCUGACGAGGAGGACCAGCCCCUCUCGCAGAGAAAGCAAACUGCCGCGUCCUCUUCUGGCGGCGUGGAGAGCGGAACGGGCGAGGACGCCGUCCCCUAUGAGAUCGCGAAGGCGGCUCGGCAAGGCGACGAGGCGGCGGUGCUGGCGUGGCUCGACGGCGGCGGGCGGGUGGACGCGACUUACGAGUGUGGCAAGUCGACUGGCCUCACGCUGCUGAUGGCCGCUGCCAUCUACGGCCACGAGCGGGUGGUCGAGCUGUUGCUGCAGCGCGGUGCUGAGGUAAACGUGGUGGACAACCUCGGCCGCACCGCGCUGAUGAGCGCCGCCCACCAAGGCAACAAGCGGGUGGUCGAGCUGCUGCUGCGGCACGGGGCGAAGAUCAACCUGCAGGACAGCGACGGCGUCACCGCGCUCACGAGCGGGUGGUCGAGCUGCUGCUGCGGCAUGGGGCGGAGAUCAACCAGCAGAACAAUACCGGCCUCACUGCGCUGAUAUUCGCCGCCUACCAGAACCACCCCGCCCCUCUCCACUGCCUGCUGCGGGCGGGCGCCGACACGGAACUGCGCGUGGCGGCUGGCUGCACAGCGCUGCAGCUUGCCAAGGAGGCGGGCAGCGCCGAGUGCGUGCGCGCCUUCGAGGAGCAUGCGGCGGCCAAGGCAGCGGCCGAGGCGGUGGCGAAGGAGGCGGCGAGGGCUGCGGAGGCGGCGGAGAGGGCGGCGGAGAGGGCGGCGGAGAGGGCGGUGGCGGAGGCGGAGGCGGCGCGGCAUGCCGAGGAGCUGCUGGCGGAGGAGGAGGCGGAGAAGCGCGGCAAGGGCAAGAAGGGCAAGAAGAAGAAGAAGGGCGGCGGGAGCGGCGGCGUUGGGCCGUCGCAGGAGCCCGAGGCGCCGGCGGAGGGUGCAGAGGCGCGAUCAGAGGGUGUCGAGGUGCUAUCAGAGGCAGCCGCAGCCGAGGCCGCAAAGAAGGCCGAGGAGGCGAGAUUGAUCAGGCUUCUCGAAAGUUGUCACGAGGAGAGGAUCCGGCUCGGCAUCACGGCGGAGAGCCAGGCAGCGGCUUUAGCUGAGAUGGUCGAGGCGGAGCGCUUGGCCGAGGAGGCGGAGGAGGAGGAGGAGGAGGCAGAGGCGGAGGAGGAGGAAGCCGCGGCCGAGGAGGAAGCCGCGGCCGCGGCACUUGCGGCAGCUGAGGCGGCCACGGCGGCAGCUGAGGCGGCGAUGGCCGCCGCAAAGGCGAGGCGCGCGGCCGCUGCGAGGGCCAAGGCGGCCGCUGCAAGGAAGGCGGCGGCCGCGGCGGCCCAGCGCUCAUAGAGAGCCGCUGAGAGCAGGACAUGACGCGCGCAUCU